AUGACGUCCCGAAACCCCGUAUCGAAAAACGAGCGCAUCGUCAUCGUGGGCGCAGGCGUCUUUGGCCUCUCGACAGCCCUCGAACUCAAGAAGAGAGGGUACCAGAAUGUCACCGUGAUUGAUCGUUAUCUCCCGCCAGUCGUGGACGGAUCUAGCGUCGACAUCUCCCGAGUCAUUCGGGUAGAGUAUGCUGACCCUCUCUAUGGAAAGAUGGCCCGCGAGGCCCAUGAGGGUUGGGUCAAGGAUUACCCUGAUCACUAUCACCAGUCGGGGUUUGUCAUGGUCGCCAAUGGGUCGGGGAACUCUUACAUUGAGAAAAGUAAGGGUAUCAACAAGUCACUUGGUGAUACCCUUGAGGAAUACGAAAAUGCGCACGACAUUCGCAAAAAGUUCCCAGAGAUUCAGGCCAAGCUGGAUGGAAUGAAGGCCUAUUACAACAAGACCGGUGGUUGGGCAGAUGCCGAGUCAAGUAUACGCCAACUCGCCCACCAGUGCAGUCUUGCAGGAGUUACCUUCAUCACUGGCCCCAGAGGCCGAGCUGUUUCUCUGAAAUAUGAAGGAUACAAGGUCGUCGCCGUCAAUGUCGCCGAGGGUGAUCCCAUCCCAGCUGCGCAGGUCAUCUUGGCUACCGGCGCAUGGACCAAUCGCCUCCUCCCGAUAGGUUGGGCGUCUUCUGCCUCUGGUCAGCCUGUUGGAUUCAUCCGACUAUCCCCAGAGGAAUCAAAGAGACUUGCCAAGAUGCCCGUCAUCAUUAACCUCAGCACGGGCGUCUUCAUCUUCCCGCCCACGCCAAACUCCCACAUCCUCAAGAUUGCCCGCCACGGCUACGGCUACGCCACAGAUGUUCACGUUGAGGACCCCCUAGGCCAGUCCCGAGCAGUGUCGUCUCCUAAGCGGGAUGGCAAUAACGCCAAUGGGUCGUUUCUCCCUGAGGACGCAGAGCAAGCCCUCCGUGAGGGUCUGCAGCAGCUUGUGCCAGAGUUUGCCAACCGAGAGUGGCUCAGAAAUCGACUGUGUUGGUACUCCGACACGCCUGAAGGCGACUUUAUCGUGGAUCACCACGAGGUCCGAGAAAACCUCUUCCUGGCCACCGGCGGUGCAGGACACGCCUUCAAGUUCCUUCCCAUUCUGGGCAAAUAUAUCGUAGACUGCUACGAGAACAAAGCUCCUAAAGAGCUUCGACACAAGUGGAGGCUCCGCCGCCCGACUGGCCAGGAGCUUGUCAAGCAGGGAGAUGGAAGCCGAGGCGGACCUCCUCUGAGGAGACUUUCACGGACUGAGCAGGCCAAGCUAUAG